AUGUCUUUUCAACACAAGGAAACACCCAUCCUUUGCUCUCGAUGCCAACAUAUCGAUUUUAGAACAGUGCUCGAACUAGAGAGUUCGAUCCUCAAAGACAAAUGGAAACAUGGCGUCUUGGUAGCCAAAAUCAAUACGGAUAAUCAUGAGUCUCAGCUCCACAACUGUCAGCUAUGCUGGUUAUUUGGUCUCAUGCUCAACACUACUGCUCGCCCUCUUAGUAAAGAUUGGGAACUUCGAGCCUAUUCGUCAUUCCAAGGGCAUGGAUACAGUGUGGUUCAAAGACUUCCUGCUGCUUUAAGGGCAAAAGACCUACCACGUCUUGCUCUUGUACCAUCUUCGUCAACAAAUCUUGAUUCAUUAAAGCCGCCAGUCAGUCUGCUUUAUUGCAUUCCUUCCGAAUAUACAUACGAAAAGAUUUUUAUGCCGAGACCAAUAGAUCAAAAAGUCAACUAUCGUAUUCUACAGACCUGGAUCGAAAUUUGCAAAGAGAAACAUCGAACUUUGUGUCACUCCCGACCGAACGAGACACCUGGCCUCAAGGUCAUUGAUUGCAGGUCGCCCGGUUCACAGCUUGCUAUUGUGCUUGCUCCACCAGGCCAUGCUUACAUAGCUUUGAGCUACGUCUGGGGUGUACCUCAGAAGCAAACAAAAGACGAGUGUAGAGAUCAGGCCUCGAAAAGCUCAUACAACUCUGAUUAUCAGACUGUUAUCAGAGAUGCGAAAGAGGUUGUACUACAAUUAGGUUACCAAUAUCUUUGGGUCGACAAGCAUUGUAUUGAUCAGGAAAACGAUACUGAAAAGGAAUUCUUCGUCAACAGCAUGGACAAGAUUUACAGCGGAGCCGAACUUACCAUCGUAGCUGCUGCUGGCAUCGAUGGCGAUUUCGGAUUGCCCGGAGUUGGAUCGAGGCAACGCAGACUGCAGCCAACAAUUCAGCUGAGCGAUGCCCAAUUGAUCAGCUGCAUGGAGCAUCCACGCAAUUCUAUAAUGGCCUCUAAGUGGGCCACACGAGCGUGGACGCAUCAAGAGGCUCUGCUUUCACAAAGGCUUUUGUUCUUCACAGAGUUUGAGACAUACUACGAAUGCCACUCCAUGCAAUGCCGUGAAAGUAUCUCGGCCGACUGGAGCAGGACAGAGUUCCCAUUCUCCAACUAUGGGGGAUACCAUUCCUUCCUUCGAUAG